AUGGCCGGCGACUCGCGAUCUCCCGCCAAGAGGAGCAGGAAGGCAAAAUCUGAGGCCGCGGACUUCCACUCCCAGGCCAAUCGCGCCAACCUCUUUGAGAAGACGCAGAGGCAGCAGAAACCCACCAGAGAGGAACGGCCAACGAAGCCGCGCAACAUGUUCUGCGGCAAAUGCCAGGGUGACACAGACGAGGAGUAUGAGGAUAUCCUGAUGCGGUGGGCCUACGCCGACCUGUCGGGAUCGAGGUGCUGGUAUUGCGAGCGCGCGUGGUGCACGUGGUGCACGAUUUGCCACAAGUACAAUGGAGUAGAAGACUUCAGGACGCAGGCGAGGACGAUGAUUCAGAUAUUGGAGGGUUUCAAGCAACGGAGGGCCAAAUUUCUCGAUGACAGGAAGAAGGGCAAGAAGUACAUCAAGAGCAAGCGGGACGGCGUCAAGAGGGUCAAGGUGUCCAAGAGGAGGAGCGAGCGGCACGAGCUCAAGGAGGCGCCCGUGCCGUUCUACCCCGACAAGCUUUAUGCCAAGAGGUUCGGCGACCCGAACGCACAUGAAAAUAAGAAGCGAGGCCAUAAAGUCAGCGUUUUCAAUGGAGUGCGUGGAGUACUCGUCCCUGAUGCGGAAGAGGAGCAGCCGAUGAUGGCAACGCGCAUCAUAGCCGAUUCCCUUGACAAGGAGGACGUGUUGCACGACGGCGGCAGUGAGAGCGGCGCCGACCCCGAUGCCGUUGAGCAGCAGUUCGAGGACAUCGCCGCUGACAUGGCCGAGGGUUUCCAUUCUGCCGCGAGCGGCAUGAUACAUGACUGCUUGUUGAUGCUGGCGAACAACAAGGCGAGAGAGACGCCGACCAGGAAUCGCGACAACGGCAAGGGCGGCGAUGGUGCGUCACCCGGUGCUGCUGGUGCCGCUCACGACGCCGACGACGACGCCGCGUCGUCCGCCCCGGGGCCAGCAAGAAGGAGGCGGGCGUUCGGCGUACGUUUGGACUCCGACUCGGCAUCGGACAGGCCGCAGCCGAAGCAGAAGAAGCCGCCCAGGGCGAACAAGCAGACCACGCAGAAGCCAUCGUCAUCUAGGAGGCAGGGGGCAGGGGCCCAGGCUGCCCAGGCCAGCAGGAGGGGCACCCCGCAACAAAAGCCUGCGACCCCUUCGAAGGAUGACAAAGGCUCCCAGGCCCCUGGCAAACGUGGCCCGAAGGGAUCGGAAUGCUACGACGUGGCAUCAGAACACUGGGAAAAAAUCAAGCUGGCCGAUGGGAGUUCGCUGUACUUCGGGAGCAACGACCACGUCAUGCAGAGGAGUUUGGAGAGGUACAGCAAGAUCGCCACCUCGAAGGCUGCGGCCGAGAACAUCGACAAGACUGAGAAGGACAAGCACCUCUUGGCUAAUCGGCGCCUCGACGUGAUCGGCAUGUACAUCCGCCUCAACAAGAUACGGAAGGGCCAGCCUUCUGCUGCGAAGGGCGCUGCUGCCUUCAUCUCACUUUGGGAAUCCUUGAUGACGUACCUCGCCCACGAGACUUUGCCGCUGCAGGUGGAGUGCGAGCUCAUCUGGACUCAGUGCUUCGAGGUUGUCAGCACGGAUGCCCAGCGCCUCUGCACCGUCACCCCGAUGGCCUCGUGGAAGCAGCUGCGGAGCACCCUCGGCGACGACGACGCGCGCAGGCUGCAGCGGAAGUGCGUGCACGAGGCUUGCGUUUACCAGCUCACCGAAUACGGCUCGUCGGAGGAAUGCAAGGAUGGCCUGGUCGCACUGCUGAGCUCUCUGUCGGACUCCUUGGCCCUGGCUCCGGACCUGAAGAUCGAGGUCGAGGCUUUCAAGAACGAGAAGGUCAACGAGCUGAGGUCCCAGGCGGGCGCGUGCAAGCCAGACGGCGAGGAUUUGCUUUCUUGUCUUCUGAUGUUCCCGGCCAAGGGAAAGCCUAUCCUCAGUGGUGCGCAAGAUGCAAUCGACCAGCAGGUUGACAACGUGGCGCUGGCCGCCAAGAUCGUCGACCUCGUCGAGAAGUUGAGGGGGGCGUCGCGACUCGUCCGCGAAGCCGCCGGACAUCACGUGGACGACCCGAUGGGCGACUUGACGGCUUUCCCGCAGUCGCUGAUGUCGGAGGCCGAUUGGAUCGGAGAAACGAAGCUCUUUGUCGAUGCCAGAGUCGCCUUCGAAGACCAGCUUCCCGACACCCUGAAGUCCUUUGAUGAGGCGCUCGCGGUCGCGGCCGAGUCGCGCUCCUACUACCUGACCACCGAGUGGGGCGCCGUGGUGUUGAACCUCUCGGGUGCCGCCAAGUGCGAGUGGGGCGCGACUCUCUGCGGGCAGGUCCGCGAGAAGUGGGCGGCAGCGGUUUUCGUGAAGUUGCGGUGCGUGAUUGGCCCCGCUGGCCCAGUCCCGAUUCAGAGCGCGUGCGAUUUUUGCUUGAAGUGGUUGGAGUGUUUCGAGAAGACGAUCCCAGGUGUCAUGGGCCAGGAGGGCUACGAGGUCCCCGAGGCGGACUGCGUGAAAGACCUCGCGAUCUCGCUGGACCGGCACACCGAGAUGAUGGCGCCCGGCAUGGAGCGCGAGCACCCGGACGUGCUGACCCAGCGCUUGGCGCAGUUCAGGGAGUGGUGCGAGAGCGAGCUUCGCCCGAAGGAGGCGCUCACGGAGUUCUGGGUCGUCGCGAAGGACUACGUGCGGGAGAGGUCUUCGGGAAGCGCCCUUUCGGAUCGAGAGGGGCAGGCCAAGGAGAUCCAGGGUUGGUCUUGGUCGGUCCACAUCGAGAAGCUGAAGAGCGCGGCGGUUGGCGACAUCCCGCGGAUUCGCGUCGACAUGGUGGGGCGGGCGCUGGCCGUGACCCAGCGCAUGGUCAACGUCGAGCUCCUGAGCAGCAUCGCGAUGACCAAGGAGCACAUCGGCAUGGUUAAGGAGUUGGUGAUGAUGCAGUCCAGCCUGGAUCAUUGGAUUAAGGCCCACAGGGAACGCUUCGUUUAUAUCAACAACGGCUGGUGGGCCGACGCGUUGUUCGCGGAGAUGUGCCUCGACCUCGUUGCCAAGGCUGUCAAGCAGGCUACCGACCAGAUCACCGGCCACCUCAAGGACAUGGGCGACAGGGUCACCCAGUGCAGCAUCACCUCGACGGCCCUCCACAAUCCCCAGAUGUUGGUGUCCGAGGAGCUGCAGGCAACGCUGUUCAACAACCCCAAGAAGGCAGAGCUCUCAGAUGCGGUGGUAGAGCUCGGGGCAGCCAUCAACCUCGUGACCACUGACCUGGCGCAGGCCAACAACAAGGCGCUGGACGAGGCGCUCGACAAAGUGAAGAAGAGCCGGAGGCAUGGCAAGUCGUGCAUCGGAAUGGAGUGGGCUUUGAGGAAGCUUCUAAAGGACGCGCCAAAGGAAGUGGCGGAGAUCCCAGCGCACAUCGACGGGAUGAAGAGCAAGCUGAAGAGCAGGGGGUGCAUCGUCCCAAACUACAUGCAGAAGGCCAUGGAGACGAUGCGCAAGAAGGCGCUCGGAGGUGGUCCUGCCGCCUGA